AUGCGUAUAAAUAUAAUUUUCAUCUAUUUAUCUGAAGAUUUAUUUAUUUUAAUAAAACAAAAAAUAGUUUGUUACUUUAAGAAAUUCUUACCAGAUAUAGAACAAACAAUUCGUCGAUUACAAGAUGAAUUAGAUAAUACAACACAAUUACUUGAAUCCAUUCGUAGUAAAGGUGCUGAUCUUACUCAAUUGACGAAUUUUCUUGAUGGUACACUUAGUCAUAUUCGUUCAAGUGAUCCACUAUCAUCAUCAUCAACAACAACAUCAACGACAACAACAAUUUGUCCGGAAUGUCGUCAAUUAAAGAGUGCACUUGUUUUAGAAUUAACUGGUAAAGAACGUUUUCGUUUUGGUUAUGAACAACUCUCAUCGAUGAUUAAAGAAGCAGCACCGAUACUUCGAAGACAAAAACAAGAUUAUGAAGCAUCAUUUGAAGUUAUUGGUAAAUUAACAAGUGAAUUAAAUGAAGCUAGAAAAGAAUUAUCAGAAUUACAUCAAUUAUCUGGAGAAAGUAUUGAAAAUUAUCGUUAUAUUCAACGUGAAAAUCAAUUUCUGGUCAACGAUAAUAAGUCCUUAGCUACAAAGAUUCAAGUUCUUUUGUCUGAAAUCGAAGAAUUACGUACAGGUAAGCGUUUAUCAGAACGUGAAACAUCAUCUGAACAUGAUCCGAAUCAACAAGUACCAUUAACAUUUCGAAAUGUUGUUGAACUUCAACAUGUUAAUCAAAAAUUAGAUAAACUAGUACGUGAAAUGCGUGCUCAAACUAAUGCUGAUGAUGAAGAUCUUAAUCGAACAAGAUUUGAUGAACUUAAAAAAGAACAUCAACAACAACAGGAAAAAUUAAAAGAAACAAAAAAUCAAUUAGAUGCAUUAGAAACACAGAUGUUAUCAUUAAUACAAGAAAGAGAUUUUCUUCGUUUAUUAGUUUCACGUUCAUCAUCAUCACAAUCUACAUCAUCAACAAGUCCAACAGUUGAUAUUCAUCAAGUAGAAAACUUACGUGAUCAAGUUAAUCGUUUACAAGAAAAAAUUGAAGUUCUUACAAAAAAAAAUACACAAAUAAUAAAUGAAAAAGAUGAUCUUAUCAGAACGUCAAAUGAAAAAGUCCGUUCAAUUCAAUAUGAACUUUUAACAGCACGAACUGAAGUUGAACAAACGAAUGAAAAAUUAAAUUUAAUUAAUGAUGAACAUGCAACAAAUAGAUUAACAAUUGCAUCACUUAGAACAGAAAUACAUGGUUGGCAAGAAAGACAUAAUAUGUUAGCUCAAAUUCGAACUAAACAAGAACAACAAUAUUUUCAUGUUUUAACUGAAUUACGUCAAUUGAAAGAUGAAAAAGCUACAUUAGAAUGUCGUUUAAAUACUUCAGAAAAUGAACAUAAAUUUGAUUCAAUUAAAUUUGAACAAAUCGAAAAUGAAUGUAUGCUAUUAAAAAGUGAAAUAAUCAAAAAUGAACAAAUUCAACCGGUUAUUGAAAAACUUCAGAAUUUAGCUGAAUAUACAAAAGAAAGAACUAAAGCCAUGUUUGAAGCUAAAUUAAAUGAUUUAACUGCACAAAAUAAUGAAUUACGUCAAAGAAUUGAACAACAUGAACGUGAUAAAGAAUUAAUGGAACGUACAAAUCAAUCACGUUUAGAUGAAAUAACACAAAAUUUACAACAAGAAAAACUUAAUCACACAGAAACACGAGCAAAAUUUGUGUCAGAAAAAGAAAAAGCUGAACAAAUACAGCGACAACUUAAAGAAAUCGAAAGUAAAGUCAAUUCAAAUACAAAUCAAAAGAGUGAUUUUGAACAACAACUAGGCAAUUAUGAAAAAGAAUUAAAAAUGCUUAGACUUCAACUUGAUGCAGCUAAUAAUGAUUUAGAAAUAAAACAAACAUUAAUUCAAUCUGGUGUUGAUAAUGCUAAUGAAUCAAAUAUCAAUGGACAAAAAGCAAUCGAAGAACUUGACAAACUCAAACAAGAAUAUACACAAAAAUCAUAUGAUUAUGAAAGUGAAAUAGAUCGACUUAAACAAGAAGUUCUUAAUCAUCAAUCAAUUAUUAAUCAAAACGAAGAAAAUGUACGUUCAUUGAAUGAACGUAUUCAAGCAAUGAAUGAUCAGUAUCAAAUUGAUUUAACACAAUCAACUGAACGUUAUGAUCAAAUACUUAUGGAAAAAAAUGAAAUUUUACAACAAUUACAAAAUGCUGAACAAUCGCUUAAUGAAAAUAUGGAAUUAAAAGAAAAAAUAAAUCAAUUUGAAUCUACAAUUGAAGAACAACAAAUGAAUUUUGAUGAAUUAAAAACACGUUAUAAUGAACUUUCACAACAAACAGCAACUUUACAAACAGAUAAUGAACGAUUAUUUGAACAAAUUCAACAAUAUGAAACAACAAUUUUACAAAAAGAUGAUCUAUUUAAAGUUCAACAAGAUAUAACACAACAAAUUGAACAACGUUAUGCUGAACUUGAACAAAAACAUAAUGAACAACAUACAUUAAUGAUUAAAUUAUCAACACAUUUAGCUGCUAAAGAAAGUGAAACACUUGCUCCAACAACUGAUUCAUCUGUAAAUGAAACUUGGAAUACUAUACUUGCAAUGAAUAAUUAUCUUCGUGUCGAAAAUACUCGAUUAACAGAAGAUGUUGAACGUAUUCGAUUAGAAAAUGCACAUUUAAAUGAACGUAAUAAUACAUUAGAACAGACUUAUUUAAAUGAUCAACAAAUUAUUGAUGAACUCAAUGUUAAAAAUCAAUCAUUACAAAUAUUACAAGAUCGUUUUGAUAAUGAUCAACAACAAAUAAAUAAUUUACAGGAAAAAUGUCAAUCAUAUGAACAGGCAAAACAAAAUAUGCAACAAGAAAACUAUACGUUUCAAACAACAAUUGAACAAUUAAAUCAACAAAAACAAUUAUUAAAUAAUCAAAUUAAACAAUCGGAAGAUAAAUCACGUACAAAUGAAGAACAAGUAACAGUUAAAACAGCUGAAAUUGAACGACAAGGACGUGAAAUGGAAGAUUUAAGAGGAAAUAUUAAAAAACUUGAAAGUGACAAUCAAGAACUUAAACAAAUGACUACAAAAUUACGAAGUAUUGCAAUUAAAUAUCGCUCAAAUGCUGCAGCUGUAGCUGCUGCAGCAACAAAUGCUCCAACUACUGCAUCAACAACACCGGCUGAUACAGAUGAAUUAUUAGCUCCUGGAUCAACAGAAGUUACACCUGGUGUUGUAGCACCACCCGAAGCAAAUAAAAAUCGACCAUUACCAAAUGAUUUAUCUGAAAAAAUGAAUAAACUUCGUGAUGCUCUUGUUGCAGCACGUACAAUAAUAACAUCUCAACAAACUCGUAUGACACAAAUGACAAAUGAAUUAACACGAGCAAAACAAGCUCGUAUAUCAACUGAUUUAACCGAAAUUCAUUCACUUGUUGAUAAUAUUCGUCAAACAUAUGAUACAGAAAUUAAUGAUCUUAAACAUAUUAUACAAUUAUUUGAUAAUACAGAUCCAAAUGAACAUAUGGCUGAAAUCGUACGUUUACGAAAAAAAAUUGAUGAAUUAACAGCAAAUAAGCCAUCGACAUCAUCAAAUUUAAAUACUUCAUCAAAUAAUAAACAAUCAGAAGAUGUAACACCUAAACCAACUCGACCACAAGCAUUUGCUGCACCUAUGACACAAGAACCAGCUAUUUCUCGUGUUGCUCCAAUGGCUCCGUUAACUGGUCGUCAAAUUGGUGUAGCUAUACCAAUGACAGCGUCAGCGACACCAACUACGACAAGUACACCACUUUGGACUAAUACUGCAUCAACAACGGCGGAAACAACAACCUCACAAGCUGCAGCAUCAGUUGAACAUCCAACAACAACUCAAAUAUCAACACCAGCGGGUGUUAAUUUAUUAAUGAAACGUACAAGAACUGAUGAUAAUGAUCAUAAAUCAACAGAAUCUACACUUAAACGAACUAAAGCAGAAACCGAGACUAACCCAUUAAUUGCUCAUGUCGAACCACAAGUACGUGAACAACAACAACAACAACAGCAACAAAUUCCUUCUCAAGAACAACAACAACAACAAGAAACUAUGGAAUCAAAUGUGAUAGAUACAACACGAACAGAUAUUAUACCGAUACAAAUUGAUAAUGAAGGAAUUCGUGGUUCUGUUGAAGAGACAACUUCACUUGAUCAAUCAAUGGAAGGUGAAUCUCGAUUGAAUAUUACUAAUACAUCAUCAACAAAUCUUGAUUCAACAACGACAACAACAAAUGAAUCAACAAAUAUAACUAUGGAACAAUCAAAUGAUCAACGUCGUGAUAUUUUACCGAUUGUCUAUGAUGUUCAAUCAAUUCCAACUAUCAACACUGGUGGACCGCCACAAAUAAAUCGUGGUGGUGUUGGUCGAUCACGUCCUUUUUCAAGUGUUCCAGGUACUCGUCGACCAUGGCCAGCACGAGGUGGUGGUGUCGGUAGUGGAAGAGGAGGCAUAGGUGGACGUGGAGCAGGCGGUGCCGGUGGUGUUGGCCCAUCCGCUCGUCAAUAA